AUGAAUCACACACGUGUCGGCAGCAGCAGCAAGCGGCACAUCGCCCCAGUGUGCCACGCACCGCCACUCCUGUCGCGAAAUCCAGCACGCAUCCAAGGUGAGUGGCAAGCAGAAGGCUCUAAGAUAUCGGAGGAAGCUGCUGAGCACCCUGAAACAGAGAGUACUACACCUGGGCAGACCUCAACAAAAGAGUAUGAAGUGCCGUCAAAAGGCUCAGAGACAGUGGAGCAAGAUGUUGACACGCCAGAAACAAUUGCCACGCCACCUGGGAAAAGCUCCAGGAAGAAGGGAAAGAAGAGAAAGACUGGUGGCAAGGCAGGAAAGAAAGCUGUCGAACCACAACAAACAAUUGACAGUCCACUUGAAAAUAUCGUAUUGGUAAAGGGCAAAACGGAGACACUGGAAAAGACCUCAGUGAAAAAACGUAUCAAGCACUCUGCUGCUAAAAGCGAUUUGCAGGAGCCAGUGGCUUUGCUGGGUGCUGAAACAUCAGAAACAGUACUGAUGGAACAACUGGGAGAAACAAAAUGCAAGAAAGCUAAGAAGAACGUUGGGGGACGUGGAAAAGCUUCUAAACCACAUAAAAAGAGGUCAAAGACAAGAGGAUUGAAACGUUCAGCUGAUGAAAGUGAGCAGCAAGAGAUUAUGUGGGCUGCUGCUAUUGCUGCAUCUACUUCAGCAACGAAGGGUGAGGUGCAGUCAAAAGACUCAAACACCGAGGAGCAAGAUGUUGAGACACCAGAAACAGUUGCCCCUCCACCUCAGAAGAGAUCAAAGAAAAAGGAUAAAGUAAAGUCAAAAGGCUCUAAAAUGGAGGGGCAAGAAGCUGUGCAGCCAAAAACAGCUGGCGCUGCACCUGGCCACACAUUACCGGAAGAGGGUAAAGAGCAGUCAGAAGCCUCAGGGAAAGUGGAACAAGUUCUUGAGACGCAGAAAACCUCUACCUCUGUACCUGGGAAAGGCUCCAAAAAGAAGGAGAAAAAGGGAAAGUCUGGUGGCAAGGCAGGAAAGAAAGCUGUCGAACCACAACAAACAACUGACAGUCCACCUACAAAGAAGGCAACGAAAAAGCGCAAGACGGCUCUGUCUGGAGGGAAAACAACACCGAAAAAUGUCGGACCACCAGAAACAAGUGCCACGGUACUGGAAAAGGCCUCAGUGAGAAAACAGUCGAAACGUUCUGCUUCUGCUGGUGAACGCUAUUUGCAGACGCCAGUGACAUUUUCAGGCGCUGACGCACCUGCAGCAGCACUGAAGGGUGUAGAAGCCGAAACUGCUACUACUACAGAAGAACCUAGUGGUGAAGUUGGCAGGACUUUGGCCUUACAGCCACGAAUAGAAACAACCAAAGCCACAGAACUGGAGGCGACGGUGCAGUGUGAUAAGAGAGAGAUACCAAAUCAGGGUGCGGAACAAGCUGCAGAACAAAAUUGGGCAGAUCAAGCUGGUGCCCCUCCAGCUGCACAUGAUAUGCCAUCAGCUGCAUCUGAUGUGCCCUCAUUUGCAACUUAUGGGCCAUCAGCUGCACUUGACAUGCCAUCAAUUGAAAGUGGUGCACCCCCCGUACCACCAGAUGCACCUGCCGCAGCUUCAGAAUCACCUACGGCACUUUCAGCUGCAAUAGCAGAGAUCUUAAUUACACUUAGCACAUCCUCAGAUGAACCUGGUGUGCCCUCAGCUGCACAUGACACGCACUCAGCUGAAACUGGCAUGUCCUCCGCACCAACAGGUGUGCUCUCACCUAUACGUGGUGCCCCUUCACUUGCAUCUGGCAUGCCCUCAACAGCAGAUGUCAGUUAUGGCGCCGAGACAGCAGACUCCUCAAUGGGUGAGGUGCAGUCAAAAGACUCAAACACCGAGGAGCAAGAUGUUGAGACACCAGAAACAGUUGCCCCUCCACCUCAGAAGAGAUCAAAGAAAAAGGAUAAAGUAAAGUCAAAAGGCUCUAAAAUGGAGGGGCAAGAAGCUGUGCAGCCAAAAACAGCUGGCGCUGCACCUGGCCACACAUUACCGGAAGAGGGUAAAGAGCAGUCAGAAGCCUCAGGGAAAGUGGAACAAGUUCUUGAGACGCAGAAAACCUCUACCUCUGUACCUGGGAAAAGCUCCAAAAAGAAGGAGAAAAAGGGAAAGUCUGGUGGCAAGGCAGGAAAGAAAGCUGUCGAACCACAACAAACAACUGACAGUCCACCUACAAAGAAGGCAACGAAAAAGCGCAAGACGGCUCUGUCUGGAGGGAAAACAACACCGAAAAAUGUCGGACCACCAGAAACAAGUGCCACGGUACUGGAAAAGGCCUCAGUGAGAAAACAGUCGAAACGUUCUGCUUCUGCUGGUGAACGCUAUUUGCAGACGCCAGUGACAUUUUCAGGCGCUGACGCACCUGCAGCAGCACUGAAGGGUGUAGAAGCCGAAACUGCUACUACUACAGAAGAACCUAGUGGUGAAGUUGGCAGGACUUUGGCCUUACAGCCACGAAUAGAAACAACCAAAGCCACAGAACUGGAGGCGACGGUGCAGUGUGAUAAGAGAGAGAUACCAAAUCAGGGUGCGGAACAAGCUGCAGAACAAAAUUGGGCAGAUCAAGCUGGUGCCCCUCCAGCUGCACAUGAUAUGCCAUCAGCUGCAUCUGAUGUGCCCUCAUUUGCAACUUAUGGGCCAUCAGCUGCACUUGACAUGCCAUCAAUUGAAAGUGGUGCACCCCCCGUACCCCCAGAUGCACCAGCCGCAGCUUCAGAUGCACCUACGGCACUUUCAGCACCUUCAGCUGCACAUGAUAUGCCAUCAGCUGCAUCUGAUGUGCCCUCAUUUGCAACUUAUGGGCCAUCAGCUGCACUUGACAUGCCAUCAAUUGAAAGUGGUGCACCCCCCGUACCAACAGAUGCACGUGCCGCAGCUUCAGAUGCACCUACGGCACUUUCAGCACCUUCAGCUGCACAUGAUAUGCCAUCAGCUGCAUCUGAUGUGCCCUCAUUUGCAACUUAUGGGCCAUCAGCUGCACUUGACAUGCCAUCAAUUGAAAGUGGUGCACCCCCCGUACCACCAGAUGCACCUGGCGCAGCUUCAGAACCACCUACGGCACUUUCAGCUGCAAUAGAAGAGCUCUUAAUUACACUUAGCACAUCCUCAGAUGAACCUGGUGUGCCUUCAGCUGCACAUGACACGCACUCAGCUGAAACUGGCAUGUCCUCCGCACCAACAGGUGUGCUCUCACCUAUACGUGGUGCCCCUUCACUUGCAUCUGGCAUGCCCUCAACAGCAGAUGUCAGUUAUGGCGCCGAGACAGCAGACUCCUCAAUGAGCUUCGAUCCAGAUGCUGUGCCAAUGGAAGAGACAAUCAACAUUGAGACAGGACCUGUGUCUGCAGCAGGGGGUCAGAUGCCGACAGCUACAUCUUCUGAAAGAACUGCUCAAGGUGGACAGGUUAAGGCUAAGACCCAGAGGAUGUUCCUUACUGUAUUUAUGUGCAUGACUCCCGACGGCUUCCUUGGUACUGCUAUGCUCGAAGAAUAA